AUGCAUGCUAAGUCGCUUCAGUCGUGUCCGACUUUGUGCGACCCCAUGGACUGCAGCCCACCAGGCUCCUCUGUCCACGGGGUUCUCCAGGCAAGAAUACUGGAGUGGGUUGCCAUUUCCUUCUCCAGCUUCGGAGACUACUUUGAUACUAAUAUAGCUACACUGUGUUUCUUCUGGUUAAUAUUCACAUCCUUUAUAUCAUCCUUUUCCCUUUUCUGUCUGAUUAUUCUUGAUCUUUUUAAUACUUCACUUAUGUCUACCCUUAAUAUUUUGCCAUAUUUCCUUUACACAAUUUUUUGCUCAUCUUUUAAAAUUAAGUUGUAG